CUCGUCAAGCUCACUUAUGAGCUGCGAAUCGAGGCCAAGGCACAAGGGAUGCUCAUGGACACCACCACCCUGGCAGCGGGCGUCCUCAUAUGCAGGGACCGGCCCCCUGUGCAGCCCGCCGGCGGGUGGCCGGCCCAGGCGCGGCCGCCGCAGCCGCAGGGCUGGGACCGGCCCCACGUGCUCGGGCCCGCGCUGUACGCGGUAAACCCCCACGGCGCCGCGACUAAUGUGACGCAGGGGCAGAUGGACGAGCUGGCGCGGAGGGCGGACGCGGGAGACGCCGCCGCGCCCUCCGCGCCGCCCGCGCCGGCGCCGGCGCCGGCGGGGGCUCCGGCGGAAGGGGCGGGGUGGAUGGGGCCGCAAGGCAACCUUGGCGGCGGGGGCGGCGCUGGUGUGGCAGGCUACCCCGCCAUCCGCUGA